AUGAGCAGUAAGUUUGUGUUUUUGAAAUUUAAAAUGAUUUUUUAAAAUUGUAAAGAAAAUUCUGCAAUUUUUUGUGCUGUAAAAAAAGUUCUUGUCAUUUCUAGAUUUGUAAAGAAAGUUCUUGCCAUUGUUUAUCCUGUAAACAAAGUUCCUGCCAUUUUAAUUUUCCUCAAAAAAAUAUUUAAAAUUUCAAUAUUUUCAGCUUCCUCGUUCUCGAUGAACCGUGUGGUGAACCGUCGCUUUUGUCGUUCCGUGACCAAGCCUCAACCGAUCAUCUCAGAUGAAGAUCGACAUGGAUCUGUUUCAUUCAACAGGACCCUUGAAGUCACCAAAAAUCCGUUGGGUAGAGGAACGAAGCCGCUUAUCACCACUACUUGCACUGUAAGCUUUUUUUUAUUUUUAUAGUUUGUAAAGAAAGUUAUUACGGUUUUUUGUCUUGUAAAGAAAGUUCUUGCCAUUUUUUGUUUUGUGCCAUUUUAUAACUUGUAAAGAAAAUUAUUACCAUUUUUUGUUUUUUAAGCAAAAUUCUUGCCAUUUUCAGUUCUGUAAAGAAAGUUCUUGCUUUUUCAAAACUAAAAUAUAGUUUAACUUUCCAGACCAAGCCAGUACCACACCGCAAUGCAACAGUACGAAUGCGUGGCGGCCGAACCCAAAUUCCACCGCAGAACCCGCCAAACUUAAAAGUGCCGAAGAAACAGCCAGCUAACGCUCGCUACACGGAAUGUGUGAAUAAUUGCAAAAACAUCGCGGUUCUGAUUGCCUACCCAUGUGGACAUCCAUUUUGUGCACAAUGCUGUCAUUUGGACAUGGAAAAGUCGCAGUACGAACAAGACCAUCAGAAUAUACCUGGGUAUUGUACAAAGUGCAUGCAGAACUUUAAGUGCUUCGCUGGGAUUCGUAAGUUUGUUUCGACUUUACUUAUCUUAUAUUAGACAAAGUCUAACUGUAAUUCUACUGUAACCAAUCCUAGCUUGGUUACGUAAAAGUUCAGUAAGGCAGGAUACAGAGCGUAGAGUACGGUAGGGUAUGUUAGGGUAAGGCAGGAUAGAGUAGAGUAUAGUAAAGUAGAAUAGAGUAUGGUAGGGUGAAGUGGGGUAGGGUUACAUACGGUAGGGAAAGGUAGAGUAGGGUAAAAUAAAGUAGAGUAGAGAGGUAAGGGGUAUACCUGAGAUAGUAUUAGGGUAAGGAAAGGUUUUAGUUGGACUAACGUAUAGUAGAUGAAUUAAUGUUUACUUACCCUACCGUAACCUACUUUGCUCUAGUAGGCCCUGUUCUACCAUACUCUACUCUAUCCUACCCUACCCUAAUACACCCUACUAUACCCUGCUUUAGUAUACCCUACUCUACCACACCCGACCCUACGUUACCCUACUGUACCAUACCUUGCCCUACUACCCAACUUGCCUUAACAACCUAUAGAUAGCAAUGAAAAACCUCAUUUUCAGCCGAUCUCAAAUUCUUCUACAGUAUGAACGCACCGGCUGAAUCGGAAAUGAAAGUCUUCUCCAAGUUGGAUGAACAGCUUCAAGCAGGUAAGACAAUCAAACUAAAUUAUUUUUAAUUUCUUUAUACGUUAUUGAUACCUAUAUUAAUAUAUACUAGACAAAAUGGCUAAAGUUUUAACUUAAAGACCAUAAAUCUCAACUUUAGUUAAGGAAGAAGACUAAAAAUCAUGAAAAAUAUUGGUAUGGUAGAAAUACUGUAGCUUCGAAAAGAAUCUAAAUUUUAUAUUUUUGAUCAAAUACUGAGUUGACAAAUUAUAUAACCCAAAAUUAUGAGAAUUCUCAAAUUACCACCUAUUUUUGGAAAAAAGUUAUGAUUAAAAACAAUCUACCUCCAUACUGUCCACUGAAACCUUGGUGUAUAAAAGACAAUUUUUGACAAAACUAAACAAAAAAAUCAAACAAAGUUAAUAAAAUCUAACUUAAAAUUAUUGUGAAACAGUUCAUGAAUUCGUAUUUUACAAAAUUAAAUUAGCGUAUCUGUAAAAAAAAUUAUAGCCAAAUCCCCUACAUUAAUAUAACAAAAAUCGUUUCAGAACGUCAAUUGGAAGAAAUGCAACGUCAACUCGAAGAUCUUCGUAAUCAAUGGGACUGCCAGAUCUGUUUCGACGCCAAAUGUGACAUUGCUUUUGGCUGUGGACAUCGUGCUUGCUCAGUUUGUGCCGACAAGAUCAAACGAUGCCAUUAUUGCCGAGAGCUCAUCGAACAGAGAAUCAAGAUUUUCCGCUAA